UUGGAAGGCAGUGUGGAGUCCUUUCUGUUGGGGAAAUUUUCUAGUCUUCUGGCUUGGCCCCUGGUUUUCUCCAUCUUAUUAUGCCAUCACCUAUUCCUCUUAAUUGUUUUCUAUCUUUUGAGUAUUCCCCAUCUGCAGAUUUGCGUCCCUGCAGCAGCCCUUUAGUUAUCCCUGGCAAAGACAGCAAAAGCUUUCUGGGGGGAACUCCUUCAGUCAGGACUCGCCGCUUGCCUCCCCGCCUGGCCUGGUGCUCCAUUGACUGGGAGCAGCUCUGUCUCCUGCAGCCCAUAGGCUCUGGGGGCUUUGGUUCUGUCUACAAAGCCACCUACCAUGGUACAACUGUGGCUGUGAAGCAGGUGAAGAAAAGCAGCAAAAACCGGCUGGCAUCGCGACAGAGCUUCUGGGCUGAGCUGAACGUAGCCUGGCUACAGCAUGAGAACGUGGUACGUGUGGUGGCUGCCAGCACGUGUGCCCCAACCAGCGAGAACAGCCUGGGCACCAUCAUCAUGGAGUAUGUGGGCAGCAUCACCCUGCACCAUGUGAUUUAUGGCACUGGAGAUGCGUGGAGACAGGGUGAGGAUGAUGAAGGAGGAUGCGGAAGGAAGGCCCUGAGCAUGGAAGAGACCGUGUGCUAUUCUUGUGACAUCAUGACUGGCUUAGCCUUUCUCCACUCACAGGACAUUGUGCACUUGGACCUGAAGCCUGCAAACAUCUUCAUCACUGAGCAGGGAGUGUGCAAGAUUGGAGACUUUGGGUGCUCCCAGAAACUGGAGGAGGGCUUGUCUCACAGCUCCCAUGUUUGCCAGCAAGGGGGCACUUACACACACCGUGCCCCUGAGCUCCUCAAGGGGGAGAGGGUCACUGCCAAAGCAGACAUCUACUCGUUUGCCAUCACCCUCUGGCAAAUCAUCAUGCGGGAGCAGCCCUACCUGGGAGAGCGGCAGUACGUGCUCUAUGCUGUGGUAGCCUACAACUUACGCCCUUCGCUGGCUGCUGCUGUUUUCCACGAGUCACCACUGGGCCAGAUACUCCAGAGUAUUAUUAGCUGCUGCUGGAAAGCCAAUGUAGAGGAGCGCCUGAGUGCAGCCCAGCUGCUUCCCAGGCUCAGGGCCCUCAAACAGAGCCUCUAGGAAAACUCUGGACACUUUAAAUUUGUUUUGUCAACUUUUCUUUUCCUUAACUCUUCGUCUGAACAUAAUUAA